AUGAUCUCGACCACGCCCCACCAGGUGCCCAGCCAAAAUGCCGGGUCUCGCCUCUACUCGUCCGUGCCGCUCUCCCUGUACGACUUCUGGGUGCUCUGGUUCUCCAACAGCUACGCCUGGAAGUGCCCGACCAAGGACGUCCUACUACCCCUGUUCAGCGAGACGCUGGGCGAGCGACACCUCGACGUGGGCGUCGGGUCGGGAUACUUCCCGGGCAAGACGCUCGGCAGCUCGAAGUGCAAGGAGGUGACGCUGGCAGACCUGAAUCCGGUAGCGAUAGCCACAUCAGAAGCGUGCAUCGCGGGCGCCGUGGGAGACUCGGUCAAGGUCGACAGCCUCCUCGCCGACGCCGCAGAGCCGCUGCCGCUCCCGCCAUCCCGCAAGUUCGACUCCAUCAGCCUCUACUACCUGCUACACUGCAUGCCGGGCCCGCCGUCCCGCAAGACGGCCGUGUUCCGCACGGUGCGGCCGCACCUCGCCGACCACGGCGUGCUCGUCGGGGCGACGAUCCUAGGCCGACAGGCGCCGAUGAACCCGAUCGCGUGGGCGCUGAUGAGCUUUUAUAACCACCUCGGGGUGUUUGAUAACUGGGAGGACACGCGGGAGGUGUUUGAGGCGGGCUUGAGGAGCGAGUUUGACGAGGUGGAUGUGCGGGUCGUGGGAAGGGUCAUGGUGUUUACGGCGAGGAAGCCCAGAGCUGGUUAA